AUGCCUCACGCCCAGCCUCGCCGCCUACCCCCUGGCUUUACCAGCGAGGAUUUUGCCGCUUUUGUGAAGGCCAUUAUACCCAUUGUCGGGGAUGAAAACUUUUCCAUCGUCUCGGCCGAUGUAGAGCUGAAAGAUGGAGACUAUGUCAAUCCUUGCAAAGCCCACGACAUGCACGCCGUGUACGACAAAGAAUUUUUCGUAUCAUGCGCCGUCGUUCAUCCGAGGACUGUCACUGAAGUUCAAGAAAUCAUGCGGCUCUGUAACAAAAUGCAGAUGCCUGUCUGGCCUUACUCUGUGGGCCGCAACACCGGAUACGGAGGAGCCGCACCACGGGUCCCGGGUACACUCGGCAUGGAACUUGGAAGACACAUGAACCGAAUCCAUGAAGUCAAUGUUGAUGGGGCAUAUGCUUUGGUUGAGCCUGGAGUCACAUUCUUUAGCCUUUAUGACCAUCUUGUGAAGACUGGUCUUGAUGAGCAAUUAUGGCUAGAUGUUCCAGACCUUGGAGGCGGCUCCAUUAUUGGUAGGCACCAGUCAGACUUCUACCAUUUCAUGAUGCAUUGUGGGAUGGAAGUCGUUCUUCCAGACGGCACUCUCGUCCGCACCGGCAUGGGGUCGCUUCCCGAUCCUGCUAGUCGGAACUCGAAUCUUUCAGCCGAUCAACAGCCACCGAACAAAGCUUGGCAGCUGUUCAAUUACGGGUUUGGCCCAUAUAACGAUGGCCUUUUUACCCAGAGCAGCCUUGGUAUUGUUGUCAAGAUGGGAGUUUGGUUGAUGCCGAAUCCGGGAGGCUAUCAGGCAUACAUGAUUACUUUCCCCCGUGACGAAGACCUUGGUGCUAUUGUUGACAUUAUUAGACCUUUGCGCUUGCAAAUGGUGCUUCAAAAUGUUCCCACCAUCCGCCAUAUCCUCUUAGAUGCUGCUGUUGCAGGAGACAAAGCCUCGUACACGGACAAGACAAGUCCUCUAUCAGGUGAUGAGCUGGAUGCCAUAGCAGCAAAGCUAGACCUUGGCCGGUGGAACUUCUACGGCGCAGUCUACCGCCGCUUCGCAGAAGCUGGACUUGACUUCAUUGGUACCUUCACCAUCGGCAUGCGCGAAAUGCACCAUAUUGUGUGCGUGGUAUUCAAUCGCGAGGAUCCGCAACAACGUUUGAGGGCAAGGUGGUUGACGCGACAGCUCAUUAAGGACUGUGCAGAGCAUGGAUGGGGCGAAUACCGGACUCACCUGGCAUUGAUGGAUCAAAUCGCUGGAACCUAUAACUUCAACAACAGCUCUCAGAUGAAGCUCAACGAGACCAUCAAGAAUGCUCUCGACCCCAAUGGGAUUUUGGCACCUGGUAAGAACGGGAUAUGGCCGGCCAAGUACGAUAAGAGGGCAUGGGUACUUGAGAAGGAUGAGGCGGAUAAGCUGUUGUUCGCUGGCAUUCCGAUGACCCGACUUUAG